AUGCCCUGGCGGACACCUUGGUUGGACGAGUCGAACUUGCACCACGACACCUUUCUCGAGCAAAGAGCUGCGCACUCGCCGACAGCUUCCGCCAUAGCCUCGCGCAACAAUUCGCCGCCCAACACCCCGCCGCUGAGUCGGCAAGGCACCCGCUCUUCGCGACAACUCACAGGGGUGCAUGGGUUCGGAGCUGCUUCUGGGAAUGCCGGUAAUGCGGAAAAUCGCUACAGAUACGAGUACAACGCAGAAGAUGCAGGAGGUGUCAUGGUCGAUCUCAGACAGAUAUGCAGAUGCAGGCAACCAGAGACCAAAACCUCAGAAAUCUGA